AUGGAUUUAGAAGAAUUUUCAGAAACUGAAAUUGGAGAGGCUUUAGAUUUGUUGGAUUCUUCUAAAGAUGAUGGAGCUGCAAUUCAUCUGUACUCUAGAAGACUUAAUGCUCGUGGAGGUCAUCUUCUAUCAAGACCUCUCCAGCCCCUCUCUAAUCGAAACCAGAAGUUCACUAGACAUCUUCGACCUUCACCGUUAGAGUUUGUGAGUCUAGGAGUGGGAAGACAAGGAAAAAUAGGAGCAUGCCCAAUUCUGCUACAACUAAAACCACUGACAAGAGAGACCGUGCUACUGUUGAACAGGAUAUUGAUCCAACAACUCGUAUGGUGUUGUUCAAAAUGCCACUUCAGGGAUGGGGAUCGUUAUAUACAAGGGGAUUAUUGUUUUCGGCGUGGAUACUUGAAGCACAAUCCCAGGCUAAAGGCAGCAGGGAUCAGGUGCCCAACUCCAAUAUUUUUGAGGCUUCAUGUUUUGGUUAUGGAAUAUAUAGGAAAAUCAGGGAGGGGUGCUCCUUGUCUCGAGGAUGCAAAUCUAUCUGAAGACAAGAUGGGUGAAUGCUAUGUACAGAUGAUUAUGGUGAUGCGAAAUUUAUACCAAAAGUGCAACCUGGUGCAUGGAGACUUGAGCGAGUAUAGCAUACUCUAUUACGAGGGUAGCUUGCACGUUAUUGAUGUUUCCCAAUCUGUGGACCUUGACCACCCUCUUGCCUCAUACUUCUUACGUUUAGAUUGCAAACAUGUUUCUGAUUUUUUCAGAAAGAAUGGUGUGAAAGUUUUGAGCACACGAGAACUGUUCGAUAUUAUAGUAGAUUCAUCUAUUACUGAUGAAUCUGUGCAUUCUUAUUUAGAAGGUUCAACGGGAAAUUUUGGUUUGGAGAGAUGCGAUGUCCAGGCUGAUCUCUGUGGAGUCGGACAUUCUAUGGGGCCCAGACACCGUAGGUUUGCUUUAUCUUUCCCCAGCUCCAAAACAGUUAUUAAAGCAGCCAGAGAAAUCGGGCACGGAUGAUACCUCUACUGGACAGACGAACAACUUCUGAACCGAAUCUGGAACAGAUGAAGAUGACAAGGAGGAGGAGAACAAUGAUGAUGAUUCAGAAGGAUUAGAGCCAUAUGAUACUAGGAAGGAGGGUACAAGGGAGACAGUAAUCCCUGCAGAUAAAAAAGCAGCUCGAAAAGAGAACAAGAAGAAAGUGAAAGAAGAGAAGAGAGAAGCUCGCAAGACCAAAACCCCAAAAGCUGAGAGGAAAAAGAAGAAGAAGCUGUCCAAAAACAUCAAACCCAGGUUCUGUUAUUAGUAGCUUCAGUCCCCUAAUUUAUAGAACUGACCAAAACAUCAAAGCUGUGUAAAAAAGAAUCUGGGAUCUGUAUUCACGUGUCAACUAUCUAUAAUUAUGCCAUACUUCUAGAUAGUUACAAUGGCUAUG